AUGUCUAAUGAUUUUCCACCAACUACAAUUGUAUUAGCUAAAGUUAAAGGAUAUCCAGCAUGGCCUGCAAUGGUCCUAGAUGAAGAAUUGCUCCCAGAACAUAUAUCUUCCAAAAAACCAAAGUCAAGAAAAGCAGCAUCUAAUUUCUUACCAGUUAGAUUCUUCAGUGAUGAUACAUAUAUAUGGAUAAAUAUAACUGAUGUAAAACUAUUAGCUCCCGAAAUGAUAGAUGCUCAUUUUGUAGAAAGUUCAACUAAAAGAAGGAAAGAUAAUCUACUAGAAAAUGCAUUUGAAUUAGCUAAAGAACCACCAGAAAUGGAAUUGUUUAUUCAAUAUGGAUCAAGAGCUGCUCCCCCAGAUGAAGAAGAAGUUGCACCGAUCUUAGAUGAAGAAGAUGUAAUAGUGGCUAAACCAGCUAGGAAAAAGGCAAAAGUUGAAAAGAAACCAGCUGAAAAGAAACCAGUUGAAAAGAAAUUAAGUGCAAAAGAGAAGCAAAGAUUGCAAGAUUUAAAAAUUUGGGCUGGUUAUGAUUCAGAUUGGGGAUUAGAUGAUUUUAAUCAAUAUGAUUUUGAGAAUGGAAAUUAUAUAUUUGAUAAUGAAGAGGAGCAAAAUGAAAUUUUUAAUAAUAUUGAUUUUGAUAAUUUGGAUAAAUUAACUACAAAAUUUGCAAAAAUUGAAGAGAAAUUAAUAUCUAAAAUACUUAAAGAUGGAAUAUACAGCGAGAACGAUAAAGAAGUUAUAUUGUAUCAAUUGCAUUUAUUAAAUACAUUAUUGAAAGAAUUGCCUAGAUCUAUAAUUAAUAAAUCUAAAUUAUUGAGAGUAUUAAUAUUGAAUCAAAGAAGAUUACCCAAAGGUGAAUUGGAAAAAUUUAAAAAAGAACAUGAAGAAGCACAACAACAAGAAUCGGUAGAGAAUGGAAGCAAAGAAGAAAAUGAAGAUGAAGAUGUACAAGAAGUAAAAGAAGAAGUAGUUAAAGAGGAGGAAGUAAAAGAAGAUGAAAAGGAAGAAGAAGAGAUAGACCCUGAAGUAUUUGAAGCUAAUGAGCAAUUCAAGGAGGAGUUAAGAUUAAAAAUUGACUCGAUAUUAAAACAACUCGAUAUAGAAAUAAGACAAAAUAGACCAGAAGAACUAAUAAUCAAAAAGGAAAUUCCACAAAGUAGUACUCAAACACCAAUACCAUCUACUCCACUUCCGGAAAGUUCAGGAGAUAAAUCUGAAAAUAAAGAAAACAUCAUUCAAAAUGGAAGUAAAGAAGUAGUUACAAAACAAGAACCAGAAUUUGAUAAAACAGAGCAUAUUUCAGCUUCAACUACAAAUGAUAAUAAAGCCAAACAUGAAACUGCAAUUAAUAAUGAUUUAUAG